AUGGAGGUGAAGCCCUCUUCCCCCACCACUCUUGUAGCUCUGUUUACCAAGUUUAAUGUCAACGACUUGCGGGAUAUUGAGGAGAAAGUGGUCGAUGUGGGCAUGGAUGAGGGUGUGAAAUUGCUCAAAGCUUUUUUGCAAUCAAACACCGUUUUGACUGACGUCUUUCUUUCCGUAGAGAACGUUAAAACGGAGGACUCACAUACGUCAUAUGUGAUUCUGAAGUAUUAGAGAUUAUAGCAAUUAAGGGUUCUAAUUGCCAUACUGAAUCCUUUCGAAGAUUCAUCAUCGUUCACAGACCUACCAUGGCAACGACCAGAGUAAGCUUGAAGCUCUUCAUAGACAAGAAGAGACAACGGGUGCUGUUUGCUGAAGCAGACAAAGAAUUCGUUGAUUUCCUAUUUAGCAUUUUCACUUUGCCGGUCGGAGCUGUGACGAGGCUUCUGAAAGAGGGAGGCGGCAUGGUAGGCUGCUUGCCAACCCUCUACCGGAGCAUUGAAAAUAUGAGCGUUUCUUACAUCCAACCAGACAAAGACAAACGUUUUCUGCUAGAACCCAACGUCGUCAUGCCUGGUGCUAAACUCCCUCUCCUAUUGCCAAACGUUAGCUCAACAUUCCGUCAAUUGUACAGGUGUCCGUACUCAUACAUUUCCAGCAACUGUAGCAGCUACGUGGCUGAUGACGAUAGCACAAUUUGUCCUCAGUGCAACAAUAAGAUGGACCGGACGGUAACAUUCAUAGACCCACCAAGAACGAUCAGGGCAUCUCCCACUAGUGAAGAAGGUUACGUGAAACCGAUGGUUACAUACAUGGUGAUGGAUGACAUGGAGGUGAAGCCAUCCUCCUCCAGCAUUCUUGUCACUUUGCUUACUAAGUUUAAUGUCAAGGAUGUUGGGGAUGUUGAGGAGAAAGUGGUCGAUCUGGGCAUGGAUGAGGGUGUGAAAUUGCUCAAAGCUUCUUUGCAAUCAAAUGCUGUUUUGACGGACGUCUUUCUUUCUUUAGAACAUGACAAAGGGACAAAAGGCUUCCAUGUAAUCUGAAAUAUGAUUCACUUUAAUUUCAUAUUAGAAUGAGUAAAUCAAGGGAUUGGUUGAAGUGAAGGAAUCGUCAGAUUAUGUAUAGCAAUUAAGGCAAUUUUGUUGAAAAUCAGUGUGCUUUAUUUCUUGGUGCAAGAGUUAUGUAGGACUAGUGUUCUUACAAAAUAGUAAUCACGAGAUUGCAAAUUUGGUCUUCUUAAUUUUUAGUUGCAAUCAUAUGUCACAUUUUCUGUUC